AUAUAAUUGAUAAUAUGCCAUACUGAAGUAUUUUCCUUUGAUCACAUGUAGUUGUUCUUAUUCACUUUCCUCAUGUGUGCUCAAGUCUCCUAGUUUAGAAAAUCUAUUAAUGUGCUUCUGAUGUUUAAUAAGGGCUGUAACAGUGUUUGUUUGACUAUGUACAAGAGCUCAUGAUGCAAAUGUCUAAAGACAGUUAAAGUGAGUUCUGAGUCACUUUUUUUCAUAUCUGACAAACCAGCCAACCAACAUUGUUUCCUGGAAAUAAAUGCAGCAUGCACCCUUUGAAACAGGAAGUGUCUCGACUAUGUGUGGGCAUAUUGGUUUUUCUAUUUGGAGGAAACACCAGCACAUCUACAGGAGAAGACGUACCUACUGCUAUCUGGAAACCAUGAACACCACAGCUUGUCACAUGAUCCCAACUGUUUAUCCACAGACGUUCCUGCCUCCUAUCUUCAUCUUCGUAUUCAUCGUUGGGCUGCUUGCUAAUGUAUGGGGACUGAAGUCUUUGCUGCUCAACUGGAAGAAACUGGGAAAUGUCAACAUCUUUGUUCUUAACCUUGGACUUGCAGACAUCUUGUAUCUGCUCACACUUCCCUUCCUGAUGGUGCACUACUUUAAGGGAAGUAUGUGGAUAUUUGGAGACGUCUUCUGCAAGGUUACAAGAUUCUGCUUCAACCUGAAUUUGUACUGCAGCAUUGGCUUCCUGACUUGUAUAAGCGUGUACAGGUACCUGUCUAUUGUCUAUCCUCUGAGAGUGAAGGGAAGAUUAACCACGACUCACUCUGUGGUCAUAACGGUCACGGUUUGGAUGCUGGUGGGUGUUCAAAGUCUUCCUGACAUGUUCUUCCCUAAAACAUCAACAAAUGUGUCUGAACAAUGUUUUGAUACCACCUCUGAUGAUCAUGUGGAUGAUUACCUGAAGUACAGCCUCAGCUGGACACUGAUUGGAUUCUGUGUUCCAUCCCUCGUCACACUGGGUUGCUACAGACACAUGAUUGCUGUUCUCUGCUACAACAAAAACAUAGAUGAGAUGCUGAAACAAAAAAGCUUAAAACUACUGAUCACUCUGAUUCUUCUCUUCUCCGUUUGCUACAUACCCUAUCACGUGCUCAAGAACCUCAACUUGUGGUCGAGAGUUCUGUCUAGACAGAGGAUAUGCUCCAAAUGGAACAACGGAGUCUACAUCGCUCAUCGGAUAAGUCGAGGUCUUGUGAGUUUGAACAGUGCUCUCAAUCCUCUGGUGUACCUCCAUGUAGAUGAAGAUAUUUCAGCUCAGCUCAGUCGGCUCAUACAGAGAGCCUUUCAGUCCCUUUCCCAGUUGACCACCAAUACACGGACCGCUCGGUUAACUGCCUUUAGGAAAGUGUGAUGUUGUUUUCCAUUCAUGUUUUCAUUUCAGUGCAAGAUCCCCAUUAAAGUCACCUCAAAGCACUGUAAAAGUUACAAAAAUAUUGUGUGAUCUGAGACCACAAAGUGUUUUCUUGUGUGUUUUAAUGUGUUUUUUUUUCUGGUCAAAUUGCAGACGAACUUGUGAUUUAAAUAAAUGGAAUGGUGCUUAUUAAUUUCAUGAAGGUUUGUGGGUAUUUGUUGUUUAGGAAGUCUAAAUGCCUGGACUCAUCAUAAAGAAAAGAUAAUGUUGUGAGUGUCUGAGAUAAAAAAAAAAGAAAAAAACGAUUUAAACCAGACAUGAUGCACAUAGCGUGAAUUUAACUGAUUGACCCAAAUGUGUUGCACAUCAAAGCAGUUUCUCACUAGCAGCACAGAAAGCUGAGAAAUGAGUAACAGUAAACAGAUUAGUGUCCGUCCUCACAGGAAACGUUGCUCAAACCUCCACAGUUUCGCCCACUGGCAUAGAUAAUCUGUAAUGUUUAUGUAGAAAACACAUCUGAUAAUGACACUUUCAUGUCAGUAAUGACAAAGGCUUUCCUGACAUGACAUCCCAAAAUCACUACAUUUUUGUUCGUUUUGUUUUUAGAUCACUGGAGUUUGUAAGAUCUGAGAACAGCAGCUCGGUGCAUAAAGACCAUUCUUCUACCAUUCUAUUGUUUUACUAUGAAGGUUAUAAUAAGAAGGGUGUCGGCUUGACAGAACCUGAAACUACACCACAGAUUCAAAAAUUGUGAUUUGGGUGUUUUUUAUAAUCAGUCUUAGUGCACUUUCACAAUAAAAGUCACAUUUCACGCUUCAUUUAUCACCUGAGAUUGAACAAAUAAACUUGGAGGGAGAAAAAAAUAGAAGAAAAAACUCUGCAUCUGUAAGACUUGAUUGAUAAAGACCACCAGGUUGUAUUAAUGCAGAAUGGACGAAAUAAAAUGAGACAAAGCAUGUCUAGUUAUUAGUUGUGGCACUUUCAAAAAGUCAUACAUUUUUUUCUUCUCCUCUUCACAUUCCUGCUUUAAUCUGAGGAUUUUUCAUGUUUCCACAAACGUUUCAUAUUUUUGAUGAUCCAAACCACAAGAGUUAAAAUCAGAUUAUACUCUGAAUCAAAAUUAAAAGGCUAGAGAUUAUUUCAAAAAUUAAAUAAACUUUAGAAACAUUUGGCACAACGGACGGUUCUGAUGACAGCUUGUACUUUUCAUUUGACAAUCUAACAUUUUUAAAGAUGGUGAAUGACUUAAGAGAACUAAAUGCUGUUCCAACCUGAUUUUAUUGCACAGAGACGUUUAAGAACAGAAUCAGUAAACUGUGCUUUUCACACAUGGUUAAACAGAAAACAGAUGUCUGAGCAGGACGUCUCUUCAGAAAGCCCUCCAGUCAACGUGGUCCCACACAAAACUGACUUUCACUUUCUGCAAAAGAGCAACAGAAUAGAAGAGGAGAAGCACCACCUAGUGGUAUGAGACAACAUGAGACGUCCAAUGCAUUGCGUAAUGUGUGUACACAAUAAAAGCUGCAGGUGAAAUGCUAAGCGAUUAGUUUUGAGAUUAGACUCUACCUGGUUCAGCCUGUCAGCUAGAAAUCAUCAUCAAAUUUAACAUGUCCCUGAAUGAACACAGUGUUUCACCGAAGUCUGGUGCUUUAACCACAACACAUAAACUGUUAGAAAACGGGGUGUGAAAUGAGCGUGAAUCAUUUUCCUCGCAAACACUGGGGACAGGGCAGCUGUGGCCAGUGUUGGGAAAGUUCGUUUAAAAAAACGAACUAGUUCAAAGUUCAGUUCAUA